AUGUCAAAUAACUAAACCAAAGUCUUUAAUGAUCCCAUCCACGGGCAUUUGGAGUUGCACCCACUUCUCAUCAGAAUCAUUGACACACCUCAAUUCCAGAGACUGCGAAACAUCAAGCAGCUGGGAGGGGCCUACUUUGUCUUCCCCGGAGCGUCCCACAACCGCUUCGAACACAGCAUCGGGGUUGGUCACUUGGCAGGACAACUUCUAAAGGCUCUGCAUGACAGGCAGCCAGAACUCAACAUCACUCCCAGAGACAUCCUCUGCGUGCAGAUCGCUGGGCUCUGCCAUGACCUGGGACAUGGGCCAUUUUCCCAUAUGUUUCAGACCUUCAUUCAAGUAAAACGUCCAAAAUGGAAGCACGAGAAGGCCUCUUUGGACAUGUUUGAUCACCUGGUUGAGAACAACAUGUUGAAGGAAGAGAUGGUGGAGCCGGAUCGCCUGGUGCUGCCUGAGGACCUGGUGUUCAUCAAGGAGCUGAUUGCUGGACCAUCGGACCCUAAAGCUAAGGGGUGGCCUUACAAAGGCCGCCCAAAGGACAUGUCCUUUCUCUAUGAUAUUGUGGCCAACAAAAGAACUGGCAUUGAUGUGGAUAAGUGGGACUACUUUGCGAGGGACUGCUACCACCUGGGCAUCAAGAACAACUUUGAUCAUCAGCGCUUCCUUAUGUUCGCCAGGGUGUGUGAGGUGGACGGGCAGAAGCAAAUCUGUACCAGAAACAAACAGGUGGACAAUCUGUAUGACAUGUUCCACACAAGGAACUCUCUCCACAGAAGUGCCUACCAGCACAGAGUUUGCAACAUCAUAGAGAUCAUGAUCGCUGAGGCCUUUGUAAAAGCAGAUCCACACAUCAAGUUUAAAGGCUCAAAAGGGAAGGAGUUCACUCUCUCCACGGCCAUAGACGACAUGGAGGCCUACACCAAACUGACAGAUCAUGUGUUUGAACGAAUACUCUUCUCGUCCUCCAAGAAGCUGAAGGAACCACAGCAGAUUCUCCAAGACAUCGUCUGUCGACGCCUCUACAAGUGUCUGGGCCGAACCAAUCCAGGAAAAAAACUGGAUGUCACCCCGGAUGCGAUUAAAGGCUGGAAAAAAGAAUUGGCCGAUUUCAGUGUUCAGGAUGAUGUCCAGGAUGUCAACCUGCAGCCAGACGACUUUGUAGUUGAUGUCAUUGAUCUGAACUAUGGGAUGAAGAAGAAGAAUCCCAUCAACAAUGUGCGAUUCUUUUGCAAAACCGUCCUAACUAAAGCCUUCCAGAUACGCGAGGACCAGGUGUCAAAAAUGCUUCCAGCAGUGUUUGAUGAGCAGGUGAUCCGGGUCUACUGCAAGAAGAGGGAUGGAAAGACUGUGGAGGCCGCCAAGAAGCAUUUUGUUCAGUGGUGCAUAAACAAAGGUUUCUCAAAGCCUACGGACGCAGACAUCACAGCGCCGGAGCUGAUCCCUGUGCAACCUGACGAUGGAGGCUCCAGUGAGAACGCUGGUGAGGGCCUUUAGAAGACUUUAAAAUAAGAGGAGGAGAGCGAAUACCCCUCUAGCACUUUCAGUAGGUGAAAAGUGUUGAGUCAACAUUAUAUU